AUGCUGCGUCCGUACAUAGAUGGAAACGCCGCACUGUGUGACGCGCUCCUCCUUAAGGCUGUGCAUGUGGAAAAGUCAAACGUGAACAAUUCAAAAUAUUACGAAGCUUUGAAUUUAAAGAAAAACUGCACCACAGAUGAAGUAAAAAAAGCUUACAGAAAAUUAGCUAUAAUACAUCACCCAGAUAAGGGAGGAGACCCAGAGAAAUUUAAAGAGAUCUCGAGAGCAUACGAAGUUCUGUCUGAUGAGGAAAAAAGGAAAUUGUACGACGAGUACGGAGAGGAAGGCCUGGAAAAUGGAGAACAGCCAACCGAGCCGACGGACCUGUUUGACUUCAUACUGAAUGCAGGAAAGGGAAAGAAAAAGAGAGGAGAAGAUAUUGUAAGCGAAGUUAAGGUAACUCUGGAGCAGCUAUACAGCGGCGCGACAAAAAAAUUAGCCAUAAGUAAAGAUGUUUUAUGUGCCAAUUGUGAAGGUCAUGGAGGACCAAAGGAUGCCAAAGUGGACUGCAAGCAAUGCAACGGAAGAGGAACAAAGACGUAUAUGAGGUAUCACUCCAGUGUAUUACAUCAGACUGAAGUGACCUGCAAUGGGUGUAGAGGAAAGGGAAAAAUAUUUAACGAAAAGGAUAAGUGUGCAAACUGUAAAGGAGGAUGUGUUUUAAAGACAAGAAAAAUUAUCGAAGUGUAUAUUCCAAAGGGAGCACCAAAUAAACAUAAAAUUGUAUUCAAUGGAGAAGCAGAUGAAAAACCAAAUGUCAUUACAGGAAAUCUUGUCGUCAUACUGAAUGAGAAGCCACAUCAGCUAUUUAGGAGAGAGGGGGUCGAUUUGUUUAUCUCACAUAAGAUUUCCCUGUACGAAUCGCUAACCGGUUUUGUUGCAGAAAUUAUGCACUUGGAUGAAAGGAAAAUUUUAGUGGACUGUACAAACUCUGGAUUUGUCAGACAUGGAGACAUAAGAGAAAUCGCGGAAGAGGGAAUGCCAACGUAUAAGGAUCCAUUUAAGAAGGGCAACCUGUACAUCACCUUCGAGGUGGAGUACCCCAUGGAUUUAAUCAUAACAAAUGAGAAGAAAGAAGUUUUGAAAAUUCUAAAGAAGCAGAAUGAAAUUGAGAAGAAGUACGAUUUGGAAAAAAGCGAAUGUGAAGUUGUUACAUGCCAGCCAGUCGACAAAGAAUAUCUCAAACAGAGACUCACAAAACAGCAGCAGCAGGAUGCCUACGAGGACGAAGAUCAUCAGCCCGAGAUGGAGGGUCAGAGAGUGGCCUGCGCGCAGCAGUGA